UCUUGGCCUUCGUUUGUAUUCGUAACUUAGCAUCAAUCCCUUUUCUUUCUCUUAAAUCGUUUACCAAACAUAUUAUCUCCAAAAAAAAUCCCCUAAAGAAAGUUCAUACUACAAAAUGGCCUCAAGUUCUAUGAGCUCGUCUUGGACGUCUAAACAAAAUAAGAUGUUCGAGAGGGCUUUAGCCGUUUACGAUAAAGACACUCCCGACCGUUGGCAAAACGUGGCCAAAGCCGUUGGAAGUAAAUCGGCAGAGGAAGUCAAACGUCACUACGACGUUCUCGUCGAAGAUAUUGAGAACAUCGAACAAGACUUGGUCCCUUUGCCCAAAUACAAGACCAUCGAUGUUGGAAGUAAAUCACGAGGCAUCAAUGAUUUUGAUUUGAGGUUAAUGAAGAAUAUGAGAAUCCAGUGAAGUAAGCAAUACUGCCUAUAGAGGAGGAAUAUAUUCGCUUGCUGAUCACUGUAUCCGUUACCUUUUCACUGUGCUACUUUUUUAUUUCUUUUAUCUUAUUUAAUUUUUACAUCAAAUGAAUCAAAUUACGUAGAUAUUAUGGUUUUGUUUUUAUUGAUUGAUUAUUAUGUCUUUUGUCAAUUUUUGUGUUUUGAUUGAUAAAAUAUUAUGGCCUAGUUUCGACGCUUCACAAGCUAGUUAACUCCCUGUUUAUUACUAUU